CCGGCACAGGCUACCUGUAAGAUCCCCAGCACUACGAUAUGCCGCUGAUUGAAGACAAAGUACCUGUACCGGUCCAUGCCCGGAUCACUUAGCAUAGUAGGCUACUGAGAUGACAAAGACUAUCGCUGAAAGUUUUUGGGUCAUUGAUCUAGAGAACACGACAUAGAACCAGGAAAACAGACGUACCUUGAGCCCUCUGGACAGGCUGACAUGACACUUCCGGUCUGCUUUGUUGGAAGUCGGUCAGUGCCAAACGACGAUGGCAAGAGAGACUUGAUGCUGUCAUAAUGGUGACAUAAAGGCCAUACAACCCUCUGGAUGUAAAAGCCACUUCUUAUGUGAGAGGGCGGCGGCUGUGCAGUGUUCAGGCUUCUAGGACACAUGGACAUGGAGAUACCGGUUCCCCUCGCCGCGGUGACACUGGUGUCGGCUCUUCACACAGCUUAUGUGGCUAGCCUGCUACGGAAAAGAUGGGCUGCGCACACAGUGAUGACCCGUGCACUAAAGGCAAAGUUUGAGAGGACACUAAAAGCUCAGAAAAUGUGUAUUGCCUUCUACCCAAUUUUCCUUGUGAUUUUGUGGACUUCAGGGCUUUUCUUCGAUGCAGGACUGGCAGCUGUUUUGGGAGGUGUUUAUAUCCUGGGAAGACAAGUAUAUUCUUGUGGACAACCCAGCAUGACCAAAAUACAACACUUCCUGGGCUUUUACACCGUGAUUACUGCUCUUCUUCUUCUAAGCCUUACUGGAACCCUUGGCCUUGUCCAUGUCAUCCUGGAGCCAUAUAUUGACAUCAACCACCCCCUCAGUUACCUGUCUGGUGAACCGAAACAACUGUAUUUCUUUUAGCCUGCCAAGUAGGCCAAUUGUAGCCUGCAGUCUUUAGUGCAGCAUUCUUGACCACUGAGGUCAUAAGUCUUUUGGAAAACGUGCAUUAAACUCAGCCUAAUCCAAUAGCCAUAUGGUGCCAGUAUCUGAUCUGAGUAUGUUUUCUCUGGGGAAAUGCUGAAAAUAGGCUGAGGCAUAUUACCAACUAAGAAAUGUCAAUCAGAUGGGGAAGACGUGUGGCUAAUAAUUUUGCGGUGUCAAAAUGUAUAGUUCCCACACAAUGACAGGUGAACACAAUGCUCUGCUUCAAUGUUUGCAGAUUUCCCAGAGCCAUAUGACUCAGAUAUGCGAGGAUAUGUCUCCCUCUAUCGGUAGAAUGGAAAUAUGUUUAAUGUCACUCUGGGAUGUAGAUGUCCAUCAGGAACGUACACGUUAGAUAGUAGGAAGGCUAGCUGCUACAACAAUAUAUAUUUCACAAACAAUCACGCAUAUUUCGUAUAUUUGAGUGUCCACUGAGUCGCAGCCCUGCAUUCCAAAAAGGAAGACGAGUAUUUCACCAUGAACUCUGACGACGGUGACCUGGAGAACCAGGCGGAGUUGGAGGAAAAGACGAGGUUGAUAAACCAGGUGCUGGAACUCCAACACACACUAGAAGAUCUCUCAGCCCGUGUGGAUGCGGUGAAAGAGGAGAACCUGAAGCUGAAAUCUGAGAAUCAAGUCCUGGGCCAGUACAUUGAGAACCUCAUGUCAGCCUCCAGCGUGUUUCAGACCACAGACCCGAGGAACAAACGGACAAAGUAACAUUUCUGAAUGUUUGCCUCCCUACCCCUGGACCAACCCCCUGGCCUAACCCUCGCUUUUACACUUUAUUUGCAUUUACACAGAACUACAGUAGUAACUGCAGUCUUUUCAGUAGACUUUAUUUAAUUAACGUAUAAUAUUGACACUGAUAUUUGGUGAUUUCAAUGAGCGCAUUCCUAUUCACAUCUGCACCAGUAUUAAUGUUUGAAAUUCUUAUAUUGUAUUUUGUAGCUUUUGUCAAAAUGUUACAUUAAGGGUUACUUAGUUUACAUUUGUUUAGUAUCAGGGAAAAAACUGUUUGACACAGAUGUCUUUGUUUGCAAUCUGCAAGCCUAUGCAGAAUAGACUCAUGACUUAUAGCAGUGGUUCAGCGUUUUUGUGCUGGACUCUAAAACAGGUCUUUGUUUUUUACUAUUUAUAUUGUGUUGACAUUAUUAAAAGCUAUAUAUAUUUUUUGUCAUUUUCAUAUUAAAUUUGCUGCUCUGUUGGUGCAAGUACUACUGCAAUGACCACCAUUACUAUACCAGUCAUUCUUCACUAUUGGUCAUAUUUUCUCAAAGACCUUGUUACUUGUGAAUCUGUGAUGUCUCAAAUGCAUAUUAUAUUAUUAACAACAAAGGUGAUAGUUGUUCAAAAUCAAGCAAAAUUAUUUACAGUUAAGAAUUUGACGCUGUUAGUUAGUUGUGCUUUUUUGUUGUUGUCUGCUUCCCACCCCACGUGAUCUUUGACCUGUGUCCUACAUUGUAUAGACACAUUUUAUUAUGGUAAUAAUAAACAUCCUUUUGAUGUGCCA